AUGAUGAGCUUCGAGGUAUCAGGUGUAGGUUUGUUGGGAGCCUCUGUCACGGUGGCUGCAACGACUCUGGACGACGCCGUUUGGCUGGUGCCCUAUGUGGGAUCUUCCUCCAAGUGGUCUACUUCGGCUCGUGUUGUUCAUGCCUUUCUCUUUUUGUUGACGCUCCUGUCGCUGGCUGUCGCUAGCGUUUUGGUUGCCUUUUUCAUCACCAGAAGUGUCACUCUCACUAGUAGUAGUACUGUUACCGAUGAAAACAGCAAGCGUCAGGAGAUCUUGAUGGGUGCGAUAGCCGCCACUCUGUGCUGGAUUUUGGCCAUUUUCUUUUACGUCAAGAAAUGGCUCAAGCGUCGGCGCCGUCAAAGGCAGGAAGAGGAGAGAUUGAUAAGACUUCAGGACGGCGAAUCGGAGGGGCCGAACUAUGAUUCCACGAAAGGUACCACCAGCAGCAGUCCAGAAAAUCAGCCUCCGUCGGAAGAUCAUGGGGAUCCAACGGGGUUGAGCUGCAGCAGCAUUGGCACUGUGAUUUCCUUGACAAUGCUCGGAGCCUUGGACGAAUUGAGCUACUUUCCAGCACUCCUUGUGGGAAAGAUAUUUACACCCUGGGAAAUCUGCCUUGGAACACUGUUGGCUGCAAUUUUCAUUUUGCUGAUUGUCACAUGCUGCCUGGCUCGAUGCAAGCCACUGGCGGAUUGCCUGGACCGCAUACCAAUCUACACCGUGAUUGCGCUGUUUGCCACCAUUCUGACGUUGGGUGUUCUCUUUGAUGCCCUUUGGGAUGACCGGUAG